AUGUCGAUUUUGUGGGCUGUGGUCUGGCAGCUGCAGGCUAUGGUGUUUACACGUUAUGGGAAGUGUUACAUGUUUAACGCUGCGGAAGAGGGGAAAACUUUGAGGACUACGAUGAAAGGAGGCACAGGCAACGGCCUGGAGAUCAUGCUGGACAUCCAGCAAGAUGAAUACCUGCCUGUUUGGGGAGAAACAGAAGAAACAGCAUUUGAGGCAGGAGUAAGGGUGCAGAUCCACAGUCAGGCGGAGCCUCCCUUUGUACAUGAGCUGGGCUUUGGAGUCGCCCCAGGCUUUCAGACCUUCGUGGCUACCCAGGAGCAAAGACUGACUUACCUUCCUCCUCCGUGGGGCGAGUGUGUGACCAGAGCCCUGGAUUCAGGCCUCUUUCAGGUGUACAGUGUGUCUGCCUGCCGUAUUGAGUGUGAGACGCGCUACAUCGUGGAAAACUGCAACUGCAGGAUGGUCUACAUGCCUGGUGAUUCUCCAUACUGCACUCCUGAACAGUACAAGGACUGUGCUGAACCUGCUCUGGCUGCUCUGUCAGCUGUUGAAGGCACAAACUGCAUCUGCAGGAGCCCCUGUAACAUGACUCGAUACAACAAAGAGCUUUCCAUGGUCAAGAUCCCCAGUAAAACCUCUGCACGCUACCUGGAGAAGAAGUUCAACCGCUCGGAGAAGUACAUAACGGACAAUAUCCUUGUCCUGGACGUGUUCUUUGAGGCUCUGAAUUAUGAGACCAUAGAGCAGAAGAAAGCGUACGAGGUGGCAGGUCUGCUAGGUGAUAUUGGUGGUCAGAUGGGCUUGUUUAUCGGUGCAAGUAUCCUGACCAUACUGGAGCUAUUUGAUUAUGCAUAUGAGGUGGUGAAGGAGAGACUGCAGGACCUGCUGAACCGAGAGGAGGAGGAAGAGAGUCAUGGGGAGGAUGUGAGUACCUGUGAUCCGGUGGUAAACCAUUCAGAAUCGAUUAGCCACACGGUCAGCGUUCCCCUCCAGACCACCCUGGGCACGCUAGAGGAGAUUGCCUGCUGAGCACCGUAACCCCUCCACACCAACAGGGGGAGCCGGGCCACUCCACUCUAAUGGGUUAUGGACAGAGUAAGAUGAGGGAACGUCUCUGUUGCUUUUUCUCGGCAUGUCAUCAUUUGGCACAAACAUGAGAACUGGAAGCCAAGGAGCUUCUCGAGAAACACGAGGACCGCAAAGCUUCUCACAAACACCAUCUGUUUGUUCUGGACUCGUGAAGGAAAGCAGAAGCUUGUGGACCCAUCAGGACAGUCACUUGUAGAAAUAAGACGAACAUGAAAACACGAGCAUGUGAGGAACUGCAGAUGUGCACGGCCGCGGCAUGCUCUCACGUUCUCUCUCUGCCCAGCCGCCAUUUCGAAGUCUACUGCCAAAACACUGUAAAUUAUUAACGGAGAAAAUGUUGUGAAGCUGUUCUAACUGUGCAUGUGUCAGUUUCAUGCGUUACAAUACGGUUUUCUCGAACUUUUCAUCCUCUCUCACGCAGGGAGACGGUUUUGUCUUCUUGUGCUGUUCGUUUGCUAUGUGUUUCUGCAUCUCAGCUGGCUUCUUGAUGUAUCACGGAUACAUCAUAAAACUGAGAGCUCCUUUCUUCUAUCCUUUUUAUUUUUCUAUCCUUGAUAGAAAAGCCGAAUGGCCCACAGUACAAUGGCAGCCAUCAUGAGCCCAUUGUGGCAGCGUUAUGGUUCUUCUACAUGCUUUCUGGAUCCCAUUUGAAAAAAGAAGAACAACGAGAGUACAGAAAAAAGUGUUUUUGUCACUUUUCUGCUUAAGAGUAUAAGAUUAUAAGAGUAUAUACUGUAUAAGAGUAUACUUAACGUUUUUCUUUGUGUUAAUUGUGAGAAGUGUUGAUUUGUCAUUUAAAGCUGAUAAGAUCUCUCAUGCUUUUAAUUCAGUGCUUUUCAGAGAUUUUGUUAACGGCCAUCAUGAUUCUGCUUUCCCAAAUAUCGUACGUGGGAUAUUUUCAUGCAUAUAAAGGAUCUAGAGGCUCUAGAGGUGUUCAUGGUGGUUUAUUAUGUGAGUUGUCGCUAUACUGUUGUCUAUGUCUCAUAAUGUCAGAGCUCUUCAUCUGUGCUGCAGUUUAUUAACACUGUAAUUGCCAUAUGUUAUCUGAUAUUUACUAUGUUCCCACUGUGUUCUCUGAUGACGGAUGAUAGACGAUUCAAAGGUGUGAUUGUGUUCUUUUCUGCUCUCAAACUAAAUGUAAGGAUCUCGGAUCACUAUACAUCAGUAUGAAUGAAGCCUUUCAUUCUUCAACGUAUACAGUGCUUCAGCCAAAAUUCAUUAACUGAGGCAAAAUCAUUCAUGCAGAAUGUGCUUUGGCUGAAAAUAAUGAAAGCAGGACCAGUUCUGGGUGACGGGAGUGAGCUUGAUUGCAUUUCUCAAAUUAACUUCCCUCAAUAUUCAAUUUAACAAAAUUGACCGGUGCAAAAUUCAGUCACAAAAUGAAAAGUAAAAUAAGAGCUUGUGUACUAAAACUGUAGGGGAAGCUUCUGAAUAAAUUGUUUUGGGACAUGAAGACCUCUGGAGGACAAGAAAUGUGUUGACAAGCUCCUGAGAUCGACAUAUAAAUACAUUUAAAAAAGUAUUUAAUCUGGUUUAUUAAGCCUAGGCUUUCACACAUGACCUAGGGCCCCCUUGUCCAAUCAGAUUUGAGCUUAGAGGCAGUAUGCAAAUAUCUGUCAUAAAUAUCCAUGCUCAGAGAUUUUUCUUGGAGGAUUAUUAGUAGUUAUUAUUUCCAUGCCCCCUUUCCAGGGCAACGGUAUCAAGAGCGUGAUUUGCACCUAUAUCAUAAUGUGAAAUGUAUUAAAUAAUAACAUUAAGAGCGGAAACAUUAUAAUUUUGCCACAGGGAAUAGAAUAAUGAAUGUGAGCCAUUGGUUGUUUGUGGCAUAUGAGAGAGCCAUGUUAUUGUGUUAAUACAGACACAUUGCUUAAUGUGUGUUAUAUUUUAUUCUAUAAAUAUAGUGAGCAAAAAGUCCAGUCUGGCCACUUUCCUGAUUUACAAAGUAUCUGUGACCGAAUGUAAAUGUUUUUAGUUCUUUCAUUUGCAAUUCAGUUUGCGGAUCAAAUGUAAUAGGCUGUACAGGAUGAAUGUUUGAUCCUUAUUUGCCCUAAAAUGUGAUGAUAUUUUUUUCUUAAUAUGUCAAAGAUAGAUCUGUAAACAUCAGAGGGUUUCAAGCACAUGCAAAAGAAAAAUAAAUCAAUAAAUAAAAAUAGGCUAACCGAUCAAGCACACACUACAAACGCAGAAACCCACAGCAUCUGUCCAUACAUACACAAAAAGUGAAUUAAGAAGUUACUCAUAAUGUUAAACAGUAAUUUUAGUAGAUAAACUCUUUCUUGCCAUGUGGACAAACACCAAAGGGGUGUCACAUCACCUUUGCUAUUUUCUCAUUAGGAGAAACCAGAGGGGUUGAUGGUUUCUAACUCCAAGGUAUACCUCAAACCUUAGAGAUAAAAACAAUAAAGUCUAAAUGGAUUACAGCAGCUGUGUCUGUCUGUCUAUCUAUCGUCUCGUUUCUUGUAUAUUGCAAAUAUACUAUAUAUAAUCACAAAGCUACAU